GGGCCGACAAGGGAAUCUCCGGGCAUUAAUUCGCUGGAAUUGCGGCGGAAAUGCAGGCUGGUGACCCACUCUGGGCAGGCGGUCUAGAGCGAUUGCGGUGUGGCCAUUCAAUCUUCUUCCCGCGCGGCUCACUGCCCAUCUGCAAGACCAUGAACUCCUGAUCCAACACCUAUGGCUUUUGCCCCGCUCCGGCCGAUACAGGAUCGAAAAAUAACACAGUGGCCAGUCAUAGUGCACUCACAAACGUCCAUGGUUCUUGGAUGUGGUCGAUUGGCUGUCCUAGCUCCUCUCGUCUCAGUCCGGUCCUGCUCCCGGAACGUCUCCUGUAUGUCAGCUGUCAUCGCCCUUCUCUUGUCUCAGGCACACCCUCUUCACUCGCACGCCGAGUGUGCAUCUGCCGAGCACUAUGCGCUCCGCCGAUGGGUGCGCAACCGCCGUCUUUCGUUGCAUGCCAGCUUCCUUUGCCUUCAUUGGCUGCGCCGCAGCAGGCACCAGUUGAUCCAACAUGUUCUGGGCCCUGUUGCCCCAGUGGGUGUCUUAUCAGCCGGUGUUGGCUGUUGUUGUGCCCCUCCACACCCCUCCCUCUCAGUCUCGUCAUCCGCCCUCCCUCAUGGCUGUUUCACCUGGCAGGGCAUGCCCAGGAAGCAAGCGCCGGUCUUCUCGUGAGGCUUUUUCUGUCUUUGGUUUUUUUCUUGGUCGAUAAGGGGCCGGAGUCGUCACAAUGGGGAAUAGAAUGGAGGUGUUCCCGCUGGAGUGGCGGCGGAACAGGGAUGGCGGCUCUGCAGGUCCUCCUCCGAGCUAGCCGUGUGUGGAUGAAUAUCACCAAAGCCAGACACGGGGCUGUCCUGCGCCCACCAACCAGGAACUUACCUGGCGUAUUCAUUACCGGUCAUUUGCCCCCUCUUGUGUUCUCAUCAUUGGUGUUGCAAGGUGCACCUUUGUUAUUUAGCCUCAAGGCGGUCAUGGUAUUCAUACCGCUAUCAGCUUUGCCCCUCGUGACUGACUACACCGCUCUUGGGCUUUGUUUAGUUCUAUCACUUGCACUAUAUAUAAGAUACCUACAUAACUUUCGCCUGCCCCGUUUGGCCUGAGAGAGGCUUUUUCUAUUUUGUACCCCCAAGCCAUCCCCCAAUAAGACAACACUGCGGUGUUAUUAUCUGACAUUUGUGUUGCGCGCCUAACCCUACAUCUCUCUUUCAUCACAACCUUUCAUAUUACGUCGUUCCUGCCAGUGCCUCAGUGGUGCCGACAGUCAUCAUGGACGCCUUCUCCAUGUCAUACACGAGUGCCUCCCACAGGGAUCUCUCUCGUAUAUACCAAGAUCUGAAGGGCGUGCGCUCACACAGCAUGUUCGAGACAGCAAAAAGCCAUCUAUCCAAAGGCAACAAGAUGCAGGAUAUUUCAGCCAAGUAUGUCACGCGGAAUCUAGGUGGCUCGCCCCAUAUCGGGGUCGUUGGUGCGGGCCUUGCGGGCCUUAGAUGCGCCGACGUACUACUGAAGAAUGGGUUCCGCGUCACGAUAAUCGAGGGGAGGAAUCGCGUGGGAGGACGGGUUGUCCAGAAGAAGCUGCCCAAUGGCCGUCUGGUGGACGGUGGUCCCAACUGGAUCCACGGGACCGAGGACAACCCUAUUAUGGACCUGGCCAGGGAAACGGAUACGAAAACCGGUGCCUGGGACACGACGUCCUACGCAUUCGACGAGAACGGCCAUCUCUUGCCAACCGCCGAGGGAGAAAGGUAUUCUACCCUGAUGUGGGAGAUCAUCGGAGACGCCUUCAAAUUUUCCAACGCCCACUCUGCCGAGAUCGACGCCUCUGAAAGCCUUCUCGACUUCUUCAAAAGGGAGGUCGAGAAGAGGAUCCCAGACUCGUCUGCGGAUUUUGAAAAGCAGCGGUAUAUCCUGCUGCAGAUGGCCGAGCUAUGGGGCGCUUUCAUCGGGAGUCCCAUCUCGAGACAAAGUCUGAAGUUCUUUUGGUUGGAAGAGUGCAUAGAAGGAGAGAAUCUCUUCUGUGCCGGCACAUAUCAGAAGAUUCUGGAGCUGGUUGCGAAGCCCGCAUUAGCCGAGGCGACUAUCAGAUACGAGACAAUCGUUUCGCGUGUCACCACCAAAGACGAGGCUAGCGGCACUGUCAAACUCUCGACUUCUGGUGGCGAGGUCCUCGAGUUUGACGAAGUGGUAUUCACAGCGCCUUUGGGGUGGCUGAAGAAACACUUGGACGCAUUCGAGCCGCCACUGCCUACGCGCCUCUGCAACGCAGUUGCAAAUAUCAGCUACGGCUGUCUUGAAAAGGUCUAUAUCAGCUUCCCGAGAGCAUUUUGGCUUCCUACUGAUGCAAAAGCGCGGUCCGUGCAUGGAUUCUGCCAAUGGCUUUCCCCGGGUUACGCCAACGAGACAAACCCUGCCCGAUGGACUCAGGAGGUGGUUGAGCUGGCGUCACUCCCGGGAGAUACUGCUCACCCCACGCUACUUUUCUACACGUACGGGAAGGAGUCCGAGCACAUAACGAGCACCCUCGACUCACUAUCAGGAUCAAAGCAGAAGCAAGAGGACUUCAUCUUCAAGUUCUUCGAGCCAUACUUCUCCCGGUUGCCGCACUAUGACUGCGGCUCGGACGACUGCCGACCCGCGUCCUUCCUGGCGAGCUCAUGGCUCCGGGACGACCUCGCGGGCAAUGGCAGCUACGCUAACUUCCAGGUCGGGCUCGAGAAGGGCGACGAAGAUAUCCGCGUCAUGCGCGAGGGCCUCCCGCAGCGGGGCCUCUGGCUGGCCGGCGAGCACACGGCGCCCUUUGUCGCCCUCGGCACCGCGACGGGCGCCUACUGGAGCGGUGAGAACGUGGCGCAAAGGCUCGCCGAGGCGUAUGGGCGUGAGUAGAGCGAGCCAUCUGAGAAAGUGGGAACAUGGCGGUGCUGCGUUGCGUAAACGUCCACUCGCGGGCUGGAUUCAUGAUUGUCAUUGUAUUGGGGAUUUAUUGUUCGGCAUUGGCUAUCAACUAAUCCAUCUGGUGAUGAUGUGCGUGCACCAUGUCUGCUUGAUAGCACAGAGCCUCGAAACUGCCCUGCUCAGAACGAUCCUAAACCGUACUGCUCGCACGUCAUCUAACUGCAGUCGAAGGCAACACGGCAUUCGGUGUCCCCGUUAGUGCUGCGGCACCUUCCCGUCCCGAGGUCGGUGCUCGUUACGUUGUACCGGAGAAUGCCCUCCAGACGGGGCAGUCUGUCGUUUUCGCUUCGGAGCCUGAUGGUGACGGGAUACGGAAGCUCGGAGCUGAUGGAAGUGCUGCCCCGGAUCGAGCGGCGCCCGAGUUGGCGGCAGGUGUGGUCGACGAUGACCGCGUCUCGGGUUUCCGGCAGCACGGGCAGCGCGAUCCUGUAGGUCUUGAGGAUCAAGUUACAGGUUCCUUCCACCCCGCAGUCCCCCUGUCGCUUGUGCAGGGCAUUCUCUGUAGGGCCGGUAGCGGGCUGCAGCGCGGCC